ACAUCUCACAUUUUCAAAUCACAAACACAAUCACCCUUCUCCAUUUCCCCUCUAAUUUGCCUAAAAAGAAAGCAAAGUAAAAGGAAAUGGAGAUGUCAAAGCUUUCAACUUUUGUUGUGUUCUUGGUUUUAGGCUUAGCCCAUUCUUCAUUGGCCCAAAAUUUGCCCCAAGACAUUGUUGUAGUCCACAACAAGGCCCGUGCUGAAGUUGGUGUGCCACUUCCACCCCUAAAAUGGAACGAUACGCUUGCUGCUUAUGCCCAUGAAUAUGCCACCACUAGAUUAGGUGAAUGCACAUUGGUGCAUUCAGAUUCACCCUAUGGUGAAAAUCUUGCAAUGGGCUCCGGGGAUUUUACCGCGGUGCAGGCAGUUAAUUUGUGGGUGGGAGAGAAAAAGAACUACGAUUAUGCAUCUAACACUUGUAGAGAAGGUAUGUGCGGACAUUAUACUCAAGUUGUUUGGAAAAAUACCCAACAAGUUGGAUGCGCUAGAUUGAAAUGCUCGAAUGGUGAAUGGUGGUUUGUGUCAUGCAACUAUUACCCACCUGGAAAUUACAUCGGCGAGAAACCUUAUUAAUUGAUUGAUUAAUCAAUUACGAUGCAUGGUUUAAAAACAAAAAAAUAUUCGUAAUUAAAUUACUAUUAUACCAUGCAAGUCAAGUAUAUAUGUAAUGUAAUGUUACAAUUUUCGACAUGUAAUAGCUGGGGAAGUUGUCCUUAGCUUAGACCUUUGUUGACAAAAUGGAAUUUAAUUAAUAAAGUAAACUCUAUUUUUGGAUGAA